CACUGGGCCACUGGAGUCAAGGCUUGAAGUUGUCUAUGAAAGACCCCAAAGUGCAGGUUUACAAAGAUGACCAGGUGGUGGUGAUGAAGGAUAAGUACCCCAAGGCCCGUCAUCACUGGCUGGUCUUACCGUGGGCCUCCAUUUCCAGUCUGAAGGUCGUGACCAGUGAACACCUUGAACUUCUCAAACAUAUGCACACUGUGGGGGAAAAGGUGAUAGCAGAUUUUGCUGGAUCCAGCCAACUGCGCUUCCUAUUGGGCUACCAUGCCAUUCCCAGCAUGAGAGUUGAAGCGUUUUACGUGCAAGCUUGAUGAAGUAGCUUCAGUACCUUAGA